GUUGUAUCAUCUUUAUACUCCAUCGCACCUUUAAUUGGUCUGUAUAGAAUUCAUUAGAUGCAUAUGUAUAUUUUUUCUCCGUUGAAAAAUACCUAAAUACAAUAUACAUAAAUUCAUUACAGGAAAAACUUUAAGCUAAGUCCAAAUACUCAACAGAAUUCUGCAUAAGAAAAACACAAUGUAGUAGAUAGUCUCUAAUCAGUGAGAAGCAUCAGAAGCUAUAAAAUUAUUAUUUAAAGGCUUUGGCCGAAUUUGAGCUUCGUCUACUACCACGGCAUAGAAAAGGAUAUGUACUGAGUACAUAUGUAUUGAGCACCAGUGCGAGUGGAGAGAAUCUGAAGAAAAAUUGGAAAUCGCGAGUGUGCCGGAAAGGAAGGCGCUUGUAUCCGCGAGCGUAUCACCGGUAUAAGGGCGAUCUGGAGAGAAGGUUGUAGUGUGUUAGAGAUUAGGACGGCGUCGACGACCUGUAGAAAACGACACCUGCUUUGCUUGAAACGGAGACCGGAGAGACACGGUGACGGCGGGGGCGGCCAUACUCAAACAACCGCCGAGCGAAGUGCGCGGCACAUCGUAGAAAUGAGACGAUAAUAAAACCAUAUUACAUCGUUGGUAAACGACUCGGGAACGAGGUGUAACGGAUGUAAGUGCCUCCAUUCGAACGUGAAAGAACAAAUUUACGGAGGGAAGUGAAAACGGAAGUGUGAGAAGUGCGGAAAAAAAAAGGAUAGCGGCCCGACGAAUCGAGGCGCAAAGGACGGUAUGAGUGCAAAGACGGACGUGAACAGGCGGGUCCUAGCGAUUCAGGCCAAGAAAAAGAGGCACAAGCCGAGCAAACGGAAAGGAAAGGGAAAUUCUCAGGGUGAAUCAGAGACACCAGGAGCUCAAUGCUCGAAGGCUACAUCACAAAAAAAACAGAUUUCAGAUUUCUACAGCGGAAAGAGCUGGACAGCUGAGGAAAAGGGAAAUUCUCAGGGUGAAUCAGAGAUACCAGGAGCUCAAUGCUCAAAGGCCACUCCACAAGAAAAACAGAUUUUAGAUUUCUACAGCGGAAAGAGCUGGACAAGUGCGGAAAAGAGAAUUUCUCAGCAUGAAUCAGAGACAUCAGGAGCUCAAUGCUCGAAGGCACCGGUCGCUCAAGAACAACAGAAUUCAGAUCUCUACCUCUGCAAGAGAUUGGAUCCAAGCCAUAGCUCAAGUAAUGAAACAAUAGAAGAUGACGAUGAGCUAUACAGUAGCGAAGAGGAAGAGCAAGAGGAUAGCAGUGAUUACUGUAAAGGAGGAUAUCAUCCAGUGAAAAUAGGAGAUUUAUUCUUAAACCGUUAUCAUGUAACUCGUAAGCUUGGUUGGGGUCAUUUUUCAACGGUUUGGCUUUGCUGGGAUUUGCAAGAUAAACGAUUUGUGGCACUUAAAGUGGUGAAAUCUGCAUCGCAUUUUACUGAAACUGCAUUGGAUGAAAUUAAAUUAUUGAAAGAUGUGCGUGAUAUAGAUCCCAGUGAUCCUAAACGCAAUAAAACCGUCCAGUUGCUCAAUGAUUUCAAGAUCAGUGGCAUUAAUGGUCUGCAUGUUUGCAUGGUAUUUGAAGUGCUUGGACAUAAUCUUCUAAAACUGAUUAUUAAAUCCAACUAUAGAGGAAUUCCAAGAAAUAAUGUUAAACGUAUCAUCAGACAGGUUCUUGAAGGACUUGAUUAUCUCCAUAAUAAAUGUAAAAUUAUUCAUACUGAUAUUAAACCUGAAAAUGUUCUUAUUUGCGUUGAUGAAGUUUACAUACGAAAGCUAGCUUGCGAAGCUACCGAAUUACAUUCUUUAGGACUGAGAUUGCCAGUAUCAUUAAUUUCAACUGCACCAAAGGAAUUCCAAGAACCUACCCCUAACUCUAAAAUGUCGAAGAAUAAAAAGAAAAAACUUAAAAAAAAAGCAAAACGUCAGAACGAAUUAUUGAAAAAGCAAAUGGAACAAAUAGAGGAGCUUGAAGAGCAAAAUAAAAUGGCAAAUAAUACAAGAGAAAACGGAGAAUUAGAAACAAAUAGUCCAGAUCAAGAUAUAAAUACAGAAAGUAUAGAAGAUAAUACUGAAAGCAAAGGUUCACCUGACAUAUCAGAACCGUCAGCGCCUUCAUUGCACAUAAAUGGUGUGGACAGCUUAGGUGGAGGAGAGAAAGUAGAAAAUCAGUUACCUCAACAACCUGAAAAAAUGGACAAUGCGAACUUAUGUGAUAUAGAAAAAAGUUGUGGAGAAGGGAUGUUACCACCAGAUCAUGAAGAUACGGAUGAGUGUAGCGAAGGUCGUAAUUUACAACCACCAGAUAGUAAACAAUUAAAACGAGCAUCCGUAGCUCCCUUAGAUCCUGCCAUAGUAGAAUGUGAUGUUGAAGUAAAAAUUGCAGAUCUCGGAAAUGCAUGUUGGGUCUACAAAAAAUUUACGGACGACAUCCAAACUCGUCAAUACAGAUCAUUAGAAGUGUUAUUAGGUUCCGGCUACGAUACUUCUGCGGAUAUAUGGUCUACUGCCUGUAUGACGUUUGAAUUAGCAACUGGUGACUAUCUUUUUGAACCACAUAGUGGCAAAGAUUAUUGCAGAGACGAAGAUCACUUAGCUCAUAUUAUCGAAUUACUUGGAGAAAUACCAAAACCUAUUGCUCUAUCUGGUAAAAAUUCAAAAAUGUACUUCAAUAAGAAAGGCGAGUUGAAGCAUAUUACUGGAUUGAAACCUUGGGGAUUGUACGAGGUGCUCACAGAAAAAUAUGAUUGGUCACCGAGAGAAGCACAGGAGUUUGAAGAGUUCUUAACUCCAAUGCUUAAAUUUGACCCGAAUACGCGAGCUACAGCAGCAGAAUGUCUGAAGCAUCCGUGGCUGCAAAUCAAAAAGUGAUCAAGUUUUUUAUCGUUUUACCUUUAAAUUCAUCAACUUCUACCAUCCUGAUAUAAUCAUAAGUCGAGAGUGUGACACGAAGCAAUAACCUGUAGGUGUCAGGUUCUUUCAUAAUUAUAUACAGUGUUUUAUUUCCAUGUAACGAGUGCAUUGUUAUUGAAAACGCACACGAUAAAAUUAUUUAAUAUUUAAUAUACACGAAUGAAUUGUAAUAUAUAUACAUAUAUAUAUGUUAUAGUACGCAAAAUUAUUAGGAACGUAUCUUAUAAAAUUGUUAUCAUUCAGAAAUAUUUUUGUUUGCCUUUUUUUUAGUUGCUGAUGAUUUGAUGCAAUAAUUGUUUGUCUGACAUUACAGUACGGAUAAUUUCAAGUAACGAGAGACAACAAAAUUUUAAUUGUUGUUAAAGAAAGUGCUUGUUAUAUUUCGCUAAAUUACAUAUGCAGUUAAGGUACGCUUCUGGUUGUAACACUCUCGACAGUGGCUGCCUGUUUGUAUAUUUAUAAAUUUGUUAAAUCAUGUUUUUCAUUUAGUAAUGAUAUCUUAAAUUAAAAUUUCGUAAUAUUUUAUUAUUUUACACGGUCAUCGUUGGAUUAUCCUUCGUACUUGUCACUUAAUUUAUCAAGUAUCCCAAGAGUCAUGGGACCUACUCAUAAUGUACUUUAAGCAAGAGCAGACGCAAUGCUACUGCUAUACCGACAUUAAAUUUUAGUAACACAUUAGUUCACGUACUACAUCGAUUAAUUGGGAUCCGUUGAUGGCAGAUUUUUUCAUUGUGAUCUCUCCUUGUGCUUAAUUAUUGUUCAAGAAGAUUUAAUACUACUAUUAAUAUGUUAAUACUAAUUAAAAGACAAAAAUACUCAUUGCACAUACGUCAUAACGUGUGUCUAAGGAACUGAACCUUUGUACAAAUUUAAUGUAUGCAGACAUAUGUAAUGUUUAAAGAGUUGGUCGCCAGAUUCUUGGUAAAACGGUUGAUAUAAAAUAUUAAUUAUGAUUCGGAAUAAGACAGUGCAUACUCCAUUUGUACCAAUCCAAGUCAUCAUAAUUUAGUCUAAUGAAAUACCAUUAUACGUCAUGAAAUUUCAAACAUUGUAAACAAGAAACUUACAUUUCAAAUGAAACAGAAUAUUUGUAAUAAAAUUAUUAUAUAAUCCUAUGUCUGCGGUAACACUUUACACACACACACAAACACACUGUCUAAUUUCGAAGAGUGAUCGGAAUACUGAUUGUGUGGCACACAUUUUCGUUCAAGUUAUUAUAAGAAGUUUCAUUCUAUUGAUAAGGCAUAACAUAUAAAUAAUGUAAAAUUAGGAGGAAAUGAGGCGAGUUUCUAGAUCAUGAAUGAUACUUGGGUGAAUAUGAAAUAAUAUCGUCAUACGAGAAUACAAGAAUAUGUGAUGUUAAGUUCUGCGCGACCUUUUCUUCAAACUGUUGACUGAUUAUUGAGCUCUCUGCCGAUAACUUGUCUUCUAUUUUAUAACGAAAGCGAAACAGUACGCUCACUGGACAUUCGACGUUGCAAACAUGUUUGUAUCAUUGAAUCCUAAUUUUAUGCUUCCAAACGAACGUUCUGUUUUGCUUCGCCGGUCAGUUUAAGAUUGUUUCUGCUGAAAGAAAAUGGAGAAAAGCUGAUUUAUAAAACAGUUCAUAUGAAAUUAAGGUGGAGAUGCAUAUACAAAGUAUACUUACUAAUAGCAGUUGCAUUAAAUCGACAACAAAUUUCUUCCGGGUAAAAGAGGAUAGUAAUUUCAGAAAUGAUAGAUUCAAAGUAAUUUCUGUUGAAAAGGUUCCAAAUCAAUGUAUAUUUAACACAAUUGUUGAAACAGAGUAGCGAGUAAGAUAACAUUAAAAUUUCACUCUGUUCUUGUAUAUAUCUUCACAAAUAGUGCUGUCUACGAAUGGAUCCCCUUAACUUAGUUGCAUUUUCUUUUACACAUGUAGUAGUAUUGAAUAGAAGGACAUUUUUCAGAACUUGCGAUGGACAGCACUAUUCUAAGCGGAAAGUGCCUCUUCUACCCGUGUGCUAUGAUGCAUAAAAUUGUAAUCAGAGAAAUACGCAAGAACCGGUACUCUAGAAACUUAAAAUAAUUCUUCCUUUUUCUCUCCCACUUCCCCUCUCUCUUUUUCUCACUUUUUGUUUCGAAUUGUAUACUCUUCUAAUUUUUCCUUAUAACGAUGCGACCCCACCGUAAUUGCAAUUUUGGGACUGAUAAUGGCAGUCGUGUUGAACUUGUACAGGACAUAACGGAAGUUAUAUAUAUAUAUAUAGUAGAUAUACAUAUUAUAUAUAUGCCGGUAUCAUUUUAUGAAACGCAGCCAGUGAAAUCCGUAGAGGAGCAGAUGACAACAGAAGAGCACAGAAUGAUCGCUGAAACUGAAAGGAAAGGAAACAAGAACGCUUUCGAACACGUCUCGAGCUUUCGCCUGACCGUCCUUAUCGCUAAAUCCAUUGACCAUCAUUGCACGAUUGUACGUCAACAAUAAUUUACACUCUUGAGGUGAAUGUAUAAUAGAAUGUUACUUGUUAUCAACGAACGAAGGGACAUCGUGUUAAUAAUGGCGCAUAGCGAUUACCGAUUAUUGCAACAACGAUUAUGGUUGUACGACACAAACAAUCGAUCAAUCUCGUUCACUGGUAUAUUAACGGAUUUCAAGGAAGCGCAAUUUCAUCGCGUAGCCGUAACCGGAUAUUAACGAUUAUACAUACCGACGACUUAUAAAUACAUAUAUGUGUAUGUAUAUAUGUAUAUACAGUGUGUCUUUAAACUGGUAAACUCUGAAGCAUACGAAGCAAUAUGGAAAAAUAAUUUAAGGAUUAAUAGGACAUUUUUUCAUUUUUACCUUUACGCUCGCAUGAAUUGAUUUUACCGUUCCACUUACAAUAAGCAGAAACGCCAAAUAAUGAGUAGACCCACAGAUCAACAUUUAAAUUGAAAUUUUUUUAAUAUGAGAGGAGUUAAAAAAGAUAAUAUCACAGGAUACUUGGUAACACCCUGUAUAUACUUUUAUAUAUAAUAUAUAUGUGUAUAUGUGUGUGUGUGUGUUUGUGUACGGGGUGUAGCAGACGGGAAAAAAUUUAAAACUUUUUCAUUUGUUAUGAUAGAAAAUUAUCUUUUAAAAUUUGUAUUACAUAUUGUCAGACAUCCUGUGUAUGUACAUACAUAUAUACAUAUAUAUAUACAUAUAAAUUAAAUCGAACGACAAUUUAUGUAGGUGUGAUCCGCUGCUUGGCGCUAGGAUAGUUAGGAUGAAAUUAACAGUAAAAAUAUGUAUAGCUUAAUGUACGAGAGACUCCUUACUUUUGCUUAUCUCCACCUACCCUCUAUCACCUCUGGUGUACGAGUAAAUAAUUGUAUUCAUAUGCAGUAAAAUUCAAAGACUCGACGUGCGUUUUCUCUGUUCGAUGAACGACGAUAUUUCUGAUGGUGUGUAGAAUAAGGACAUCAAAUGGAGAUCAAAUCAAUUUCGAAAGAGAGAGAGAGAGAGAGAGAGAGAGCGCGCGUUUUAUUGUAGGGACCUAAACUCGAAUCCAUUUAAGAGAUUAAUAUUUUAAUCGGUGGAACUACUUACAUACUGCAGAAGUAUAAUGAUUUCGAUGUAAUUUAUGAAUUAUACGUAGCUAAUCGAAGCUAAUCGAAGGCGCAUACGAUGAGCGCCGUUUUCAGAUUGAGUUGAACCCGAAUCAUUGAAAAGUCUGUCGCUUUUUUUCGACUGAUCCAGUGUCCCCUGAAUAUACUUAUAACAGUAAUAGCACCCAAGAGAACACAUAUAAAAGUGAUAGCCAAAUUUAGAGAUUGCGGGAUCUACGAUAAUUUUUUUUGUAAUAAUGAAAUUUAAAGAAAAUAGACGAUGUUCAGAGAAGGAAUCUUCUGAGCAUUUGUUAAGGGCUAAUAAAAACAAAAUGGGCAGGAAACAGUCUCAAAUGAACACCAAAUUAUAUUACGUAAGUCGUGCCGUGUGCAACACGUGUCUAUGAGGUAAUGUACAUAUUGAAAAGUAUAUUGGAGGGUUUUACACAUUUUUAGACCGGGUGUUUGCAGUAAAAGUCGGCAAUUUAGAAGAAUGUGGAGGGGGGAAAUCCGGCUCCAAUAGAUUAUAUACACCGCGUAACGAUAGAGUCUAUAAUUCAUUGGAGCUAUUCUAUAAUAAAUCAACGAGAUUGGAUGUUUAAUCUAAUCUUAUUGAUUGGUACAUAGUCACACAUACUGGUCGUAGCGUUAUAGCGAUCAUUUAACUCUGCAUGCUUAGCCGAUUGCUCGAUGUUGUACAUAUACACACCAUGUACCGUACUGAGCAUUAAUAACAAUAUAACUAUUGUCGACGAGAGCGCGUCUAGGCGCUCUUAAUACGUGAUGAUUUUUAGGAGUUUAUUGGACGGCAAUCCAAUGCGCAAAUGACCAUUCGCGUAGAGGAUAAUAUGUAACUUAAAUUGACUGGAGCAUCGAUGAACGGGAGGCAAGUGUGUUCUAAUGUGCUUAUAGACAAUACUUCAAUAGUAGUAAAAAGAGUAAAUAACGUUCUUCGGUAUAUUAGUGUUUGACUAAAAGAUAGAAUUUAAAUUGCAACUAUCAGUAACGAAAAAGUUAUGCUUUUACUUAAAAAGUGACGGAUACAAGAGAUAAGUGACCCCACCCCCUUGUAAAGAAAAUUUCGAAUUCAGUUUUGUAAGUUUCAAACUAGAAAACUUACAAGACAUUGUAAUUUAUAAAUAAAAAGCGUGCCUCGUGCUCCAGUCACUCGAUGUACGAUCAAACGAGGCAUAAAAGGAGAACGUAGGACAUAAUAAAAGUAGCGAUAACGAGUCGAACAAAUAAACGGAUUUGAUGUUUUA